AUGUCACCGGCCUACAUGCUGCUGCCGUUGCUGCUGGGAGCAGCCUCUGCUGCUCCCUCAGCACCAAGACCUUCCAAGGAGGAGCUGACCCGCUGCUUGGCACUGGUGGUCUCAGACAUGCUGACACUGGGACAGGCACAGCGUGGACCUUGCAUGGCCCUUCUCCAUAGAGAGAUCUGUGCGCUGGAGCUGCACGGCUGUAAGACAGCAGGUGAGAACGGUCCUCUGGGCACGGACCUGGAGAAGCGGGAGGCUGGUGAGCUCCGACCCAGCCAGGAAGUCAGGGACGAGGAAGAGGUAGCAGAACCCCGAGAGGCUGAGGUGCAGGAACAAGCUGUCCGCGAGCAGCUCCACAGCAUCCUCCGCCAGAACGAGAUCCAGGAGGACGUUCAGGAGGAGGGAAAGAAGAGCCGGGCCCGUGAUACUUUCCGGAGCCGCCAUAAGCAGGUGGCAGAGCGAGAUCAGGAUGAGGAGGAAACAGCCCGGAUCGAGGAGGAGGAAGAUGAGAAGAGGGUACGAUUGCUGGGAGGUGCCCAUGGCCUGUGGCAGGGGCCCAAGGCAGAGCAGCGGGGGGAACUUCUGCACCCCCACCAUAUUCACCAACCUCCAGUCGUGACCCAGAAGGAGGAGAAGGAAGCUGCCAGAGAGGAGCAUGAAGUGGAGCGGCUGGAGCUUGUGAGGGAGGAACUGAAGAAGGCGACGGAGGUGCUGGGGGAGGAGCUCAGGAGAGAGGGCUGACCCCACAGGGUGCCGCCUGGGUCCCCCUUACAUGGUGGCAUAGCACUGUUGUCCCCGGAAUUCCCUUCACAC